AUGGAGACGAUUUCUGUUGCAGCAAAUGUCAAGGGGGCGUUAAGCUACGGCAAAGCCAGUCUCCAACAUCCAAGCAUGGAUCCUCGCACUCCUGGAUAUGCUCACUUAGCGAUCGCAUGUGCGCAUCUCGGCUUCAGUCAGUUCCAGAACUGUCUGGAGGCGUUCGAGCAGGCGAUGAAUGUCGCGAAUGAGACCGGCGACAAACUGCUCGAACUGCAAAUCUGCGUCGGCCUCGGUUCUCUAUUCACUUUGCUACGAGAUUUGUCAAAAGCGUUGAUUUUUCUCCGAAACGCUAUGGCCAUAAUUCAGUCGGUCACCGUGGACGACGUGCACACGAAAUAUCGGUGUACGAUACUUUAUCAUCUGUCGGUGGCCUUGCGAAUGCGAGGAUCCCUUGUGGAGGCGAAAGAAGCCUGUGAUGAAGCCUUACAAUUAGCAUCCGAGACGGGUAAUCGAGCACUGCAUGCCAGAUGCAUGUGUAGUCUAGCUGAUAUCUAUAGGGAACUAGGGGAAUCAGAAGCCAAGGAGACUCUGACG